AUGAAUACACAGCAGUAUAAGGCAGAGGCAUUAAAGCAUUUAUUGCAUGGAGGUACCGCCUUAGGUAUUGGUAGGUCAGAAGAACCUGAAAGUUUGUGGGAUAAUCCUACUUUGUAUUCUCAAAUCUUUCCAUGGCUAUUUCCAUAUGGUAAAGGGGGUAUUGGUCAUGCCCUAGCUAAGAAUAAGAUAGAAGAUCACACACGGAAAGGGCAGCUGCUACUUUACCAUGAUAAACGCUUUCAAAUUGAUCCUAUGUUUCCAUUAGUUGCCUUGAAUCAUGAACAAAUCAAACAAUGUGCUCAAGCUGGUAGUCUUUUAACCAACAAAGCCAAUUUUAACUCGGUAGCAGACCGCUUGGUGAAUUUGGAUCAGCCAACUUUA